UCGCGCGCCUGGCGUCCUUGCGAAGGUUUCGUAUUUUACUGUUUCUCCGUGCACGUUAGAAGAAAGUUCCGGAUCGCGGUUCCGGUUCUCGCAACGGAAAAGAGUGAGGCACGUCUCGCAGGACGAUAAACAGUCAUCGGGCAUCGCCAUCAGCUGCUCUGUUGCUUUUAUGAUCUCGUAACCGGCCGUUAAGUAUACGAACGAACGUGAGCGAGGAGAAACAAUAACGGCGUCCGUCGACGCGUCUUCGAGGGGGAGUAGAGAAUGAGUCAAGCGGAUCAGAAUCAGGACAAAAGCAUGGACAAGAAGGAGAUCGCCGAGGAAGAGAGGGAGAAAAUGCUGAACGCCGAAAACACGAAGCACAUCGGCGCCGCACCUGCUCCCGAUCUCGAGUCCGAGGAACAGAAACCGAAGAAGAAGAUACCGAUCGGCGGCAUCAAGAUGCCCGGAUUCUGCCGUACCAAGAGCAAGGAACCGUGCAAGGACGACGAAACGAAACCGACAGAGUCCACAGAUGCGGAAUCAGCCCCCGUGGUGACAAAGGAGAGCGAGCAGAAUACCGCGGAAAAACCUACCACACCUGGCAAAGAUUCUAAGGAGAAAGAAGGACGAAAAGGAAUUCUGGAUGCUAUUCGAAUACCUUUGGUAUCGUCCGUUUUCUCCAAAAAGAAGAAAGAAGCUGACGCUGAAUUAGGACCGAUUGGCGCCGCGGGAUUAGCGAGCGUUGAGACUCUCGAUGACGGUGCUGCCGAUAAGAAUACUAUCGCCAACGAAGAUGGUAUGGAAACCGUACGUCUCGACGGAGAGGAUGGAGCUGUCAGUGCCGAACCACCGAAGCAUCCCCUGGUGGUUUGCAUAUCGACGCUCAGAAGGCACAUGGUUUUGUCAGUGGUGAUCCUACUGAUCCUGCUCAGCGUUAUCAUCAUCGUUGGCAUUGCCUGCGCCGGACCUAGGAGAAUGAUGCACACUCAGCCUUUGAAGGACGGCAAAUACGUCGAGGCGGUGACAUCGUGCGGAUUUUUGCAGGGCAUUUUGGAGGACGGCGCCUAUGCGUUCCGCGGUAUUCCCUACGCAAUGCCGCCGGUCGGCAACCGUCGCUGGCAAUCGCCCGAAUCCUUGAGCCGUAUCGAGCAUUGCUGGAACGGCACUUAUCUGGCGCACAACUCCUCCGAGAACUGCUGGCAGCGUGAGCCAGCAGGUCGUAGCACAUACGGCGCGGAAGAUUGCCUCUAUCUCGAUGUGUUUACUCCGGCAGUCCGCUACGGCUCUCCAUUGCCCGUGGUUGUUAUGAUCGGCGCCGAGACAUUGAGCGGUGGUUCACCCGGAGUAAUGCAACCCUCAGCCAAGCUAGCGCGCGUUCGCGACAUGGUGUUCGUGCGGCCAAACUUCCGUUUGGGAGUUUUCGGAUUCUUGGCAGCCGAGCCUCUCACCAGAGCCACUCAUCCCCCGACCUCAGGUAACUACGGAUUGUCGGAUAUCAUAGCGGCACUUCAGUGGGUGCAAUUGAAUAUCGAACAUUUUGGCGGCAAUAAAACGUCCGUCACUCUUUGGGGACAUCGGGCAGGCGGCACUCUAGUGACGACGCUAAUCGGCUCCCGCCGUGCCAAAAACCUCUUCUCGAAGAUAUGGAUAUCCAGCGGUAGCGCAAUUUUUCCGGGCAAAGAAUUAAACAGAUCCGAAACUAUGAGCAAAAACUUUCUUGAAACGAUUCGAUGUAGCGACGCCAAUUGUUUAAGAAGCAAAAGCGCCGUGGAACUUAUGGACGCCGUACCAGAGAUGUGGUAUAUGGGUAAUGUGAACUUGCCUGAAACAAGAGAAACCGAAAUCUAUAAGGAUAAAAGACACGAGUGGCUCGUUCUGGACGGUACUAUUCUUCAAGAACACGUCGGUCAUAUCCUGGUGCAGGACAAACAUUUGGUAAAAGUAGUGAUGGGUACUACCGCGCACUCUGGUACACCACCGCGAUUUUUAUCGCCGAACAUUACCCUUAAUGCAACACAAGUGGAGAAAUACGUACGAGAAUCCCUGCUCGGAACUUUGAGCUUGGCGGAGGAAGCUCUCAAACGCUACAACGCCACAUUGAAAGGACUGGUUACAAUGAUUUCCGACAUUCGUGUAGUCUGUCCGUUGCUGACAGUUGCCAGGAUGAGGACCGAUAUACCGUUUUACGUAGCCACUCAACCUCGCCGUGGAUACUUGGCCGAUCCCGAUAGCGAUGCUGCGGCCAUUCUAGGGACUUAUGCCGCUGUCACACCUGAAGAAAAGAGACAUGUAUCAGCUAUGCAACAAUUAUUCAAUCAUUACGUGUGGCAUGGCGAGGUCGCGCAAGCUGAUCCAUCGGGCGCGAAACGAGUCCUAGUUGUUGGUCAAGAUACGCUGCUCGAACAAGAUUAUCCUAAUUGCGAUUUCUGGAUAAAGAAAAAUAUAGUACCUUUGUACGGUCGAGUCGAUUGAAAAGAUUCUCAUCGCUGUGUAGUCUCCGUGUUAAGAUCUGAAAGCUUGUUUCCCGAAUGUAAACGCGCGCAUGUUGAAUUUUCCGGGGACAAGAUUCUCUCACGGCACAGAUAUGUACUUUGACUACUUAAAUAGAUCGAUACGAUAAGUGUUCUAUGAGAUUACGCGGAUUAACGAUUAAACUUAAUGAUCAUGCCUUUGUGGUGCGACGUAUAAUAGUAGUACCUGUCGAAACAUGACAAUUAAUUAAUAUAAAAGCUAAAAUAUAAAAUAGCAAUUAAAAAAAAAGAAAUUUAUAUGUAGAUAUUUGUGUAUGCCGACGUAUGAAUUCGUUCUCAGUGCUAAAGAAAUAACGGUAAUAUUUUACAAAAUGUUUAGCGAUGAGAAAUGAAUAUUGUUCGUUAUAUCCGUGAUCCGAGAUACGUGCGUUCGACCACAAGGCACGUGGAUUAUUAUGUAUGUGUAUAAAUGUGAAUCAAAUUGUAAUAUAUUGAGUAUAAGAACAGAGAAGAGUGUGACGAAGAAGACGUGCAGAGAAACUACAAACAUGUAGCUUAAGAAAAGGGAAAAAGAUUGAUAAUGACAUAUUAUACAAUGAUAUUCUUGCAAGAUGUGUAAGACCAACAAAUGGGUGCGAAAAGGUAGAAUGGUAAAACAAGAAGUAGCAUAUACCUUCAGCCUUACAAGAUGUUUGGAUCAAUUGUAUUUUGAAGAAAACUUUCUGAAAUUUGAAUGGAGGACUGACACAUUUUGAUACAAUCAAGAAUUUAAUCGAAAACUUUGCAUGUAAUAAUAAAAUGCAAAGUAUCUUAUUCUUUGUAUGCCUCUUCGUAUCCAACUCUCGUAGAUAACAUAAAAUAACCUUGAAAAGUGUAACAAUGUAAAGUUGUGAAUGUAGAUUAUCGGCAUAUUAUCGCAGGAACGACUUUGCAUCUUUAUGCAUAAUGGACCAUGCUCUUUUGCGCAUGCUAUAAAAAAUAUUUUUAGGUCAGAAGUGUCUGUUUAGGAAGAAACAUAGUACGGGGCACAUAUGCAUUUUAUCGCGUUUGUGGAAGCAAGCUUAUCUCUAACCUUUUUUAUUAACAGCUUUUUAUACGAAAUUUUUAUUAUGGAUAUUUUUUAUAUGCAUAAUACUUAGUUCGAGGAAAAUAUAGUUCCUUUGUAUAACAAAGGACCUGCAGAGACUGAAUGCAUAUAGAGUAUUCAGCUAUCCAGUUAAGAAAUCCUCAAAGAGACUUUCUAUCUUAUUCAGACUGAAGCUGCCAAAUUUGAUAUUUUUUAUAUCGUAUAUUAUCUACUUGGAUAAUAAAGGUUUUUUACUAUAUAGAGAAUAUUUGGACCCAACGCAUGCCUCAUGUAUGCGAUCGAUAAUUUUUCUGCACGCCUCUCUUCCGUAAACGCGAUUCAUGUUCCAAAAAUGACAAGUGAUCUUGAUAAUUUUUUUUAAUUAAAAGAUCACUCAUAUACGAUUAUGUAUUAUGACUAUAUUACUCAAUGUGUUAUUAAGUCAUUUAAUUUAUUUUCACACUAAUAUAUGUGAUAAAGUAGCAUUUACUCAAAAAACCCCUGCAUAAGUUGUUUUAUUUUAUAUAUAGAUAGAUUAGAUCAUAUAUAAUUAAUUAAUAUUUUGUAUUUCAUAUUACACACAUGCAAACAGAGAACAACAGUAUCGGUGAUAAACGCCCGUAAUGACAUAUAUACUGACUGAAUCAAUUCAAGUAACUCAGAAUAAAGUUUCGAAAGAAUAUUGCUAGUAUAUUUUUAUUUAUACGUGGGUAUAAGAUAAAUAUAUAUAUAUUAAAUAAAAAUCUCCUAAAUAUAUCUGGCAACGAAACCAUAUAAUAACAAGCGUUGUAUUCCGUAAUAAAAUAAAGAAAAAAAGAAAAAAAAAUUUCUCAGAAUAUAGAAUGUGCAUAGAAUUUUAUAGAUAUUUUGGAUAUUUGAACCGCUUCUUGCUCUGCCCGUAAUUCUUUGUACGCAAUUGUACAGGAUCUGUUAUCUGUUCGAGCAAAUAAUUUAUGUACUGUCAGAUAUACAUUAUGUAUUCUCAUAGGAUGUGACAUUAUACGCGCUUCGCCCAUGGCUAAAUAGUAUCUAUGCGCAAAAUUAAUCUUGAUGGCUUUAUACUCUUGAAUGUUAGCAAAAUGAACUGAAUUAAAUUGUGUGCUCCAUCUUUACAAAAUCUUUAUAUAAAUGCUCGUAUAUUUCAUAUUCUAUAUUCUUUUUAUUGGCUUCAUUCGCGGACAAACUACAAAUGAUAUACGUAGACGUAGAUCGUUAAUAUUUGCAAAUCUAAAUUCUUGAUUUUCGAUGUAUUUUCUCGAUUAUUCUUUUCUCAAUUUUUGAAUAUUUUCAAUUUGAAAUAUCAUAUAUAAUGCACAUUUUUCUCGUAUGUUUUAUUUCUUUAGUAAUUUUUGAGAGGAUGGCAGUCUGUCGCCGUAAGAUAAACAUACAAUUAUUCUUAAAUGGACUUAUCGCAUUAAUUACAAUGUAAAAUGAUAGAAUUCAAUCAUAUAUAUAUAUAUAUAUAUGAUUUUAAUUCGUCAUCGAUACAUAGCAGAUUCGUCGAUUUAUUUGUAUGCGGCAGUAUUUUUAUAUAUUGUGAAUUAAUUUUAAGUAUAGAGCGCAAAGUUUUUAUUUUUAUGUAUGUAUUGUCAGGGCCUCGUACUAUCGAGAAACAUAUAUGUGGAAAAAAUGUUAUCAAGACUGAUUUGAAUCUUGUACGUAUUUGCAUUUUUGGAAAAAAACAUCUAUUUGAAUAUAUAAGCCGCCGCAUCGAGGCUAUUUGCACAUCAUUGUAUUAAUGCAAUGUGCAUUUGAUAUUCUGAUCGUAUUUUUCUUCAUAUCAAUCACGCUGUAAUACAAUUUUAUACUGUAUCCACGGUACCGUCAAUAAAGUCAUAUAUAAAACAGUAUUUAAUCAUA